UCUAACCUUUGUUUCCAGCAAGUUUCACAGAUUGAAACAGACUUGAAAACAAAAGCCACAGCGUAUAACAACUUAAAAGGAAACUUACAGAACCUGGAAAGAAAAUCAACUGGAAGUCUUUUCACAAGAAACCUUGCCGAGCUUGUGAAGCGAGAGGAUUUUGUUUUGGACUCAGAGUACCUGCAGACUCUGCUAGUGGUUGUACCAAGAAACAUCAUCCAUGAUUGGCAGGCUAAAUAUGAAACACUGACAGAUAUGAUUGUUCCUAGAUCAUCUAGGACUCUUUUUGAAGAUGAUGAGAACUGCCUAUGCUCAGUGACACUUUUCAGAAAAGUGGCGGAAGACUUCAAAAACAGAUGUAGAGAGAACAAAUUUAUGGUGAGGGAUUUCACUUAUAAUGAAAAAGACAUUGCAGAUGGGAAAAUGGAAGUCUCAAAGCUGGAGGAUGACAAGAAGAAAUUAUAUGGUCCGCUGGUUAAAUGGCUUAAAGUAAACUUUGGAGAAAGCUUCUCUGCUUGGAUCCAUGUCAAAGCAUUAAGAAUAUUUGUGGAAUCAGUUCUAAGAUAUGGCUUACCUGUCAAUUUCUUGGCUGUGUUAAUGCAGCCCCACAAGAAGACAACCAGAAAAUUACGAGAAGUUCUGAACCAGCUGUAUGCUCAUUUAGACUCUCCAGCAUCACAAGAUGCAGGACAGAUGGAGAUUCCAGGUUUAGUAGGACUCAGUAACGUAGACUACUACCCGUACGUGUACUACAAGAUCAGCCUGGAUUUAGUAGACUCCGCACGCUAGACACCACACUGUGGGAGAAUGGUUAUUUUAUAUUCAGUAUGGUUGGACAUUAUUACUGCCGGAUGGUAAUAUAUCUUCUCCCCCUGGCUUGAGGGUCAAGGUCAAAUCCAUGACGAUUUAGUGAUAUUUAUAUUACAUAGGUCUCCUUUGUAAAAUUUACUUUAUGAACAAAGUUAUUCCUUUGUUGAUUUUUAAAUAUUGUUACUUUUGUUUAAACAUAGAGACUAAUGGUUUGUAAGAAAUUGUAAAGCAGAAUACAUUGGCUGGAAUUUCUAAGGUUAUACAUAGAGACAAUUUUAAAUUACCUAGUUCUUAAUUUGAUGGUUUUCAUUUUCCCAUUCAAACAUCCUGCAACUGUCUCAUAUUUUGUUCUUGCCCCUUGCAACCCUGCCUGACAAUUUUUACUGCAUUAGUACCUUUGUUCAAACAGGAGAAAUGGUAGAACUGUUAUAAAGGACCCUAAUAUGGGGGUAUGAAACUGUGAUUUGAAUGCACAUGAAUUAUUAAUGCUUUUAUUGAUUGUAAUAGUAUGUUAUACAUUUGUACUGAACAGUUUGGUGAUAAACAUGUUGAAAUUUGUGGAUUUAGUCCCAAGAAUUAAUUUAAUUGCAUUCCAUUUUGUAUUGACUUGUAUCUGACUGGGAAAGUAUACUGUUAUAAUCUAUGUAUCACUUGCAAUAAGCAGAUGUUGAAACUAGUCAUGAUGGUAGAUGUAUAUGUAUACUGUGGUAAAUUUGUAUAUGGAAAUCAUGUUAUGUAAAUAAAUAAAUAAAAAAAUAA